AUGUCUUGCUACGACCUGUGCCCACCAAAGACCAGCGUGGCCGUCCCGCAGCCCAUCGCCGAGAGCUGCAACGAGCUGUGCGCCCGCCAGUGCCCCGACUCCACGGCCUUCAUCCAGCCGCCCCCCGUGGUGGUCACCUUCCCCGGCCCCAUCCUCAGCUCCUUCCCCCAGCAAGCCGUGGUGGGCUCGUCCGGAGCCCCCGCCUUUGGGGGCUCCCUGGGGCUGGGGGGCCUCUACGGGGCCGGGGCCACGCAGGGCUCGGGGGGCCUCUGCACCUUUGGCAGACCCUACGGCAGUGGGUACUGCAGCCCACACUCAGAUCAGUACAGCUGGUUCCUCUGUGGCAGCUGGGGGCCAUGCUAA